CGGGGCCGGAAGUGGAAAGCGAAGGAGGCGGCUGAGGCGGCUCCGGAGGUUCAGGGCUCGGAGUCGGUGCCUCCAGGUGCCAUGGGCCGGGCUGGCCCGCGCUGAGGGCGACGCAGGGCGCUGAUAGGGACGCGGGGCUGGGCCAUGGCCGGCGCUCGGGCAGCCGCCGCCGCCUCGGCGGGGUCCUCGGCUUCUUCAGGCACCCCACAGCCGCAGGAGCCGGGGCUCGGGGAGCUGCUGGAGGAGUUCUCCCGGACUCAGUACCGGGCCAAGGACUGCAGCGGGACGGGAGGCUCUAAGGUUGAGCGCAUUGAGAAGAGGUGUCUGGAGCUGUUUGGCCGAGACUACUGUUACAGCGUGAUCCAAAAUGUGAAUGGGGAUAUCUGCGGCCACUACCCCCAGCACAUCGUGUUCCUGGAGUAUGAGAGUUCUGAGAAGGAGAAAGACACGUUUCAGAGCACCGUACAGGUGAGCAAGUUGCAGGACCUCGUCAACCGCAGCAAGACGGCCAGGUGCAGAGGACGUUUUGUCUGCCCAGUGAUCCUGUUCAAGGGCAAGAAAGCCUGGGAAAAACCGAACCAAAAAACUCCAGAAAACCACCUGACCCUGAAAAUGCGGUUUCUCUCCCAGCAUAUUUGCAGGUCGGCAACGCUGGCUGGAUGGGGGGAGCUGUAUGGACGCACUGGCUACAACUAUAUUUUCUCAGGGGGUGCAGACGACGCCUGGGCAGAUGCAGAGGAUGUCACGGAGGAGGACUGUGCGCUUCGAAGUUCCGACACGCAUCUUUUUGAUAAGGUCAGAGGGUAUGACAUCAAGCUGCUCCGGUACCUGUCAGUGAAAUACAUCUGUGACCUGAUGGUGGAGAACAAGAAGGUGAAGUUUGGCAUGAAUGUCACCUCCUCCGAGAAGGUGGACAAAGCCCAGCGCUAUGCCGACUUCACUCUCCUCUCCAUCCCGUAUCCAGGCUGUGAAUUUUUCAAGGAAUAUAAGGAUCGGGAUUACAUGGCUGAAGGGCUCAUUUUUAACUGGAAGCAGGACUACGUUGAUGCCCCUCUGAGCAUCCCCGACUUCCUGACUUGCUCUCUGAACAUUGACUGGAGCCAGUAUCAGAGUUGGGAUCUGGUGCAACAAACACAAAACUACCUGAAACUGCUGCUUUCCAUAAUUAACAGUGACGCCCGUGUUUGCUUCUCUCCUGGGCCUCCCGUUCCACGUUCCUGUGUAGAUGACAGCGGACUGCUAGUACACUGUAUCUCAGGCUGGGACCGGACGCCCCUCUUCAUCUCUCUCCUGCGCCUUUCCUUGUGGGCUGACGGGCUCAUCCACGCAUCCCUGAAGCCCGCUGAGAUCCUCUACCUAACGGUGGCCUACGACUGGUUCCUCUUCGGGCACAUGUUGGUAGAUCGACUCAGCAAAGGAGAGGAGAUUUUCUUCUUCUGCUUCAAUUUUUUGAAGCAUAUCAUCUCUGAGGAGUUCUCUGCUCUGAAGAUACAGAGGAGGAAGAGUUUGCCAGCCCGGGAUGCAGGCUUCACUGUGGAAGAUAUCUGCAUGCUGAGACGGAAGGAUCGUGGCAGCACCACCAGCCUUGGCAGUGACUUCUCUCUGGUCAUGGAGAGCUCCCCAGGAGCCGCCGGGAGCUUCACCUAUGAGACCGUGGAGCUGGUCCCUGCAGGAGCACAGACUCAGGCAGCUUGGAGGAAGAGCCACUCAUCCUCUCCACAGAGUGUGCUCUGGAACCGGCCGCAGCCCUCAGAGGACCGCCUGCCUUCCCACCAGGCACUGGUGGAAGCCAAGUCCUCCAGCUCCUCGUCCUCGAACCAUUCUGACAACUUUUUCAGGCUGGGUAGCAGUCCCCUGGAGGUCCCCAAGCCCAGAUCAGUGGACCAUCCCCUGCCCGGAUCCUCUCUCUCCACAGACUUUGGCAGCUGGCAGAUGGUAACAGGCUGUGGCAGUAUUCAGGAACGGGCUGUCCUGCACACAGACUCCUCUCUCCCUUUCAGCUUCCCGGAUGAGCUCCCUAACAAUUGUCUGCUUACAGCCCUGAGUGAACGGGAGACUCGGCUACAGGAGGUGCGCUCAGCCUUCUUGGCUGCCUACAGCAGCACAGUGGGGCUUCGGGCAGCAGCCCCCAGUCCCUCCGGUGCCAUCGGCCUGCUGGAGCAGUUUGUCCGUGGUGUUGGACUCCGGGGCACCAGCAGCAGCACCUUAUGAAGCAGCCAGCUCAUGACAGCUUCCUGCUCCUCUCUCACCUGAGCCCUAAGCGGAAUCAAAGCCAUGCCCAGCCAAGGGGUGCUUCAAGGUGGGGGGAAAUCUCCCCUUCUCCAUCAUGCACAUGGCAGCCCCAAGGCUGAGCAGGGCCAAGGACGGGGUUCUCCCCCACCCCAGCUUCCUGACUGGUGUCCGCCACCCUACUUGUCACUGCCUCCCACCCACCUUAGUCUUUGCCAGGAUUCCUGUCAACUCUCAGAACUAUGUGGGGUUUCCCUGGGGCCUUGUGGAGGCCGAGACUUCACAAAAGACCCCCACUUUCCAUUCUCGUCUCCUGGGGAGGAGGGGUCACCCGCGCUGAGAAUGAGGCAGUUUUGACACAGAUCACAAAAUGAAAUCAAAGCCUUUUUGAACAGCUA